AUGAUCAACGAAAGCGCUGAAACUUACGGCCCAGGAACCGUCGUUGAUACGGAGUUCCAGCCCCUUCCCAAGGAGUGCGAGAGAAUACUUCGAUUGCUCGCCUCCAGAACACCGGGAUUUACUCAAGAUGACGAUCUCCUCAACGGUGUCCAUUUCCACGGCCAGGACCUACCCUGUAUUCCUGGACCCAUCAAGUCCCAAGCCGUCACCGCAGUCCUCCAUGCCAUGGUUGGCAUUGUUGGUUUAGAGAUUCUUCACCUUCGUGGGAUCACAGACAGCAAGACGGUUCAUAUCGAUACCGAUCACGCAGGUCUUUACCCGGCUACUGCAGCUCUCGUCAACAUUGACGGUAUCACUGGCCCUCCCGUCAUCAAACUCCCCACAGUUCCCCAAUGGGACAAAGAUCGUGCUUCCAAUUCUCCUCUGGUAUAUCGCGCCACAGCGAUCUACGAGACAGCUGACAAGGGCGUUUGGUACCAGCUUCAUGGAUCGCUCGAUUCGUGGAAGAUGCUUGCUCUGAUUGGCAUCACCAAAGAUCUCGACGAGAAGAUCCGCACCAAUGAAGAAGCGUAUGCGCUCAUCCAAGAACGUGUUCGCGCAUAUCGUGCUCGCGAAAUUGAGCAGCUCAUGGUUGAAAAGGGUCUUUCUGGAUCCAUUGUUUACUCACCUGCGGGAUGGCGUGAGACUGAGAUGGGCAAGUCCUUGUCACGACACCCUCUUAUCAACUACACGCAGCAGACUCAGACCGCACCCUGCCCGUUUCCCGAGUUGGCUGAUAAGCGACCUUUGGCUGGUAUCAAAGUAGUCGAGUUGACUCGCAUCAUCGCCGGAGCCGCCGCCGGUGCUGCCCUCGCCUCUCUCGGUGCUGAAGUCAUCCGUGUCAACUCAUCCAAGCUCAAGGAUUACACCCCCGCUCAGCCCUCAGCUCUCAUGGCGGGUAAAACAACCAUCGACCUGGACUUGGAAGACCCGGCUGACCACAAGAAACUCAUGCAGCUGUUUGAAGGAGCUGAUGUCAUCUUGCAAGGCUAUCGUCUGCGCUCCAUUGAGCGCCGUGGCUUUGGACUUAAGGCAGCACUUGAUCUGGCCAACAAGCGAGGCAAGGGUAUCAUUUACGUCGAUGAGAACUGCUAUGGCCCCGAUGGAUACUAUGCUGAACGACCUGGCUGGCAACAGGUUGCUGACGCUGCUGCUGGAAGUGAGUGGGUCAUGGGCCAGUCAUUCAACUGCCCACCUGGUCAAGGUGUGCUGCCCAGUCUACCCAUCUCCGACAUGUCGACGGGUAUCCUGACUGCUCUAACCAUCAUGUGCGGCAUCCGAGAUCGAACAAAGUUUGGAGGGUCUUACCAUGGACACGCCUCUCUUACAGGAUAUAACAUGGCCACGCUUGAUAACGAGGUCCGCCUGUAUCAAAGAGACAUAGUGGCAAAGAUAAAUGACAAGUACCAGUUCCCCAGCUGGUCGAGUGACAUUCAUGUGGCUCCUUUAUACUACGCCAUUUUGGAAGCUUGGGAGAAGCAGAGCAGUCUGAUUAAGGAUGAAAAGUACUACGUGCAUUUCUCUGAUUCUGUAUUUGGCUCUGAUCUUCGGGUAUUGGGACCUGUGGUUAAAUAUGAGGCGGAUGAGUUCAUGCCUAGGUGGGAUAGUCCACCUGUGCCAUUCUGCCAUCAUGCUUUCCGAACCUUCAAGUCUGUAUAG